AUGCGUCUCAAAUGUCUCACCACUGCCGCCCUUCUCGCCAUUAGCUCAGCCAUUACGUUCCCCGGCUCUCGUGCUAAUGAGUUUGGCAUCGAGGCUAGGGAUAGAGGUGAAAAUCCGGUCAGUCACCUCGUCAGACGCAAUGGCAACAACGGCAACAACCGAGGCAACAACGGCAACUACUAUAACAACAACAACUGCGGUAACCAUGCUUCUCCGGAUUCCAGACGUGGCUGUGUUUGCGAUACAAGCGGCGCAACCUACGAACGCAACAGCCAGACGUGCAACUGUCCUCCGGGCCAGAAAAAACACCGCAAUAAGUGCGUCCCCGACUGCGGCAACGACGCAGACUACAAGCAUGGCGACUGUGUGUGCAAGAACAAAGGCCAAACAUAUGAUGAUGCCCAGAUGACCUGCAGUUGUCCGGAGGAUCAAAAGUGGGAUGGAUAUUGUUGCGUCAACAAAUGUCCCGAGGAUGCAAACUGGCCAGAGGAGGAUAAGCCGACCUGCAUCUGCCGGAAGAGCGGGCAGAAGUAUAAUUUGGUGAAGAACGUCUGUGAAUGCCCCGAAGGUCAGGAAUGGGGUGACUACGGCUGCAAGAACAAGUGCUCCGACGUUGCAAUCUGGAAGACCGAUAAGCAGGCCUGCAUCUGCAAGAAGAAUGGGCAGGGGUAUGAUUCGAAGAAAAAGACGUGCAGCUGCCCCAACGGUCAACUCUGGGAUGAGAAAGAGUGCAUCACUGAUUGCGGGGAUCAAGCAUACUGGAACAAGAAACAGUGCCUUUGCAAAAAGAGUGACCAAAAGUAUGACUUGAAGAAGAAGACUUGCAGCUGCCCCAACGGCCAAAACUGGAAUGGCAAGAAGUGUGUUUCCAAUUGCGGAGGUCAAGCGUACUGGAACAACAACCAGUGUCCCUGUCCAAAGAGCGGCCAGGUGUAUGACUUGAAGCAAAAGACUUGCAGCUGUCCAAGUGGUCAGAAUUGGGACGGCAAGAAGUGUGUCUCAAACUGUGGAGAUCAAGCAUACUGGAGCAAGAACCAGUGUCAUUGCAAAAAAGGCGGCCAGGUGUAUGACUUGAAGCAAAAGACAUGCAGUUGUCCCAGUGGUCAGAAUUGGGAUGGCAAUAAGUGUGUCUCCAGCUGUGGAGCUCAAGCAUACUGGAAUAAAAACCAGUGUCUUUGCAAAAAGAACGGUCAGGUAUUCGACUUGAAGAAAAAGACUUGCAGUUGCCCCGAUGGCGAGAAUUGGAAUGGGAAAAAGUGCGUCGCCAACUGCGGGGACCAAGCCUCCUGGAAUAAGAACCAAUGCCUCUGCAAGAAGAACGGCCAGGUCUAUGAGUCGAAGACGAAGACGUGCAGUUGCCUCGGCGGACAGAAAUGGGACGGAAAGCAAUGUGUUACAGACUGUGGUACCCAAGCUGUCUGGGACAGGAAGUACAAGAGCUGUGUGUGCAAGCGCAGUGGUCAGAUCUUUGACGGAACGGCAAAGACUUGUGCUUGUCCCAAGGGUCAGGAAUGGAAUGGGAAGAACGGCCAGAUCUUCGACGGAAAGGUGAAGACUUGUGCCUGUCCCAGAGGUCAAAAGUGGGAUGGAAAGAAGUGCAUUACCGACUGCGGAACUUACGCAACCUGGGAUGGGAAGUACAAGACCUGCGUUUGCAAUCGCAGUGGUCAGAUCUUUGACAAAAAGGUGAAGAUUUGUGCUUGUCCCAAAGGCCAGAAGUGGAAUGGAAAGAAGUGCUUCACCGACUGUGGGCCGCACGCUACCUGGGACGGGAGGAACAAAUCAUGCGUGUGCAAGAAGAUCGGGCAGAUUUUUGAUCGGGGAUCAAGGACUUGCGCCUGUCCCAAGGGCCAGAAAUUGACUGCGUAUGGAUGCCAGCACGACUGUGGCAAUGAUGCUUCCUGGAACGAAGAACGCAAGGCUUGCGUGUGCAAGAAGAAGACCAUGCAGUACAACAAAGACACCAAACGGUGCAAAUGCACGGGCGGCAUGAUUUACAAAGAUAAGUGCACUUGUCCGAAGGGACAGACGUUUGACAAGUCUACGCAGAAGUGCCAGCGUAGCCGCUAUUACAUUCCCUACUAG